AUGAGUUCGUAUUUUAUCAGAAAAGAUGAUUUAUUGGAUUCUGUCUACGAAUUGGGUAAAGCUUUUGGAACUGAGCCAAAUAUAAGUCCUGGGUUACUUUCAAGGAUAGGAUUUGGUAAUAACAAUAAAGGAAGAUCGUGGGGAGGGCGUUCGUUCGUCGGUCAUGAUGACCGUAAUUAUGGGCGGGACCGUUUUAGUGACCGAAGACUAUUUGAUCGGUUCAAUGAACGAGAAUCUC